CCGUGCGGUGUCUGUCGGUUCGGUUCUUUAAAAAACUAUCUCUCUCUCUUUCUUUCUUUCUCUUGUCUCUCUGACACUCUUCUUCACUCUCCUGUUGCUUUCUAAAUCCUCUGCAUGUCGGUUCCAUUUCCGGAUUCAAAUAUCUCUCUCGGAUCUUCUGUUUCCUGAAGAGAGACGUGAUCUUCUCAAACCCUAAAACCCAGAUUCUUCUUUCCUUUCCUUGAUCUCUGUUUUCAAACCCCUAGAUUCCCGAUCGCGGCGCCAACUUCGAUUAAACCCCUCAACUCAUUUCGAAUUCGGAAGUGAAGAAAUGCUAAAUCACAGCGAGAAAGUCUUGGUGGAUUCUGAAGCCAUGGAAAGAAGAGCUGGAGAUAUGAUCGAACAGAACAAGACUAGUAGUAACGACAAGAAGACUUGCGCUGAUUGUGGUACCAGCAAGACACCUCUUUGGCGUGGUGGUCCCGCCGGUCCCAAGUCGCUUUGUAACGCGUGUGGGAUCAGAAACAGGAAGAAAAGACGAGGAGUAGAUGACAAGAAGCCGAAGAAAUCAAAUUCUGGUGGCGGCGAUCUCAGAAGAAACCCUAAAUUUGGUGAAUCGUUGAAACAGAGGAUGAUAGAUUUGGGGAUGGCGAAGAAAUCGACGGUGGAGAAGCAGCGACGGAAGCUCGGCGAGGAAGAGCAAGCCGCCGUGCUUCUCAUGGCUCUAUCGUAUGGAUCAGUGUACGCUUAGUGGUUUCUAGAUUCCCCCACCAUUGAAGACGGUGGUGAUUAAGUAAACAAACAAAAAAAUUAGGGUUUUCUUGAAGUCGAAGAGAGCAAUGAUGAUGACUAACAAAAUGAUUGUGAAAUUUCUUCUCUUUUUUUGUCGGAAAUUUGUUUGGCUUGUGAUCUUCAAUCAACUUCUUUUCCUUUU